GUGACUUACAGUAAACAGAAGUGAAAGAGCUCAGCCAACGGUGAAUCGUGAUAAAUUCUGGCCAAAAUAAUAAACCACUGAACAAAAUGGAAAACUGGGAAUCGGGAUCAGAACAUAUUGGAUCAGGAUGUAGACUCGCUCCAGGAAAUCAAGACAGCCACAGCGACCCACGUGAGCACAGGAAAAUAACAGUCCCAAAACCUGAACCAAACAGUGUGUCUUUGUGCAGUAUCCUCUCUAAAGACUUGCCGUACAACUUUAAACAAGACCCACAUGAGCUCAGUGUGUCUCUGUGCAGUGACCGGUCUAAAGACGUACAUAAUGAUUUUAGACAAGACCUACAUGACCACAGAAAGGCACUUCGAAGAAAUACCACAAAUAAUGAAGAGUCUGAUGGACAGGUGGACAGUGUAUUUGAGCAACUGGAGGAAGAGUUUCUGACUUUUGUCAAAAAGCAGCUGAAAAACAUCUACAGGGUUUUGGUCUCGGAUUACCCAGAAUGUUUAGAGAGUGUCGAAGAGGAGAAGCAGAGCAGCAGAGAGGCAGUUCUGAACAUCUUUGUGGACUUCCUGAGGAGGAUGAAGCACGAGCAGCUGGCCGAGAGUCUGCUGAACAUUCUGACUCGAAAGUUCAGUCUAGACUGGGCUGAAGGCAAAGCCAACCAGAACAUCCAUCUGCUGUUCCCGUUCACUUUUAGAGAGCUCAAUGUGUUGAGAGACACACAGUUCAGCCUGGUGGGACUGCUCUCCCACUUCUUCAGUGAACUUUGCAGCUUUGAACAGUUGCAGGUGCUCUUCAUCUUUGACGGUCUAGACGAGUGCAGACUUCCUCUGGACUUUGGUCAAACCAGGAUCCUGACUGACCCCAAAGAGUCUGCCUCAGUGCACGAGCUGUUGGUAAACCUCAUCAGGGGAACCCUGCUUCCCUCUGCUCUUCUUUGGAUAACAACACGGCCCGCAGCAGCCAAUCAGAUCCCAGCUGAAUAUGUCUCCCUGGUGACAGAGGUGCGAGGAUUCACAGACUCACAGAAGGAGAAGUACUUCAGAAAAAGGUUUACAGAUGAGCAGCAGGCCACAGCUAUCAUCUCCCACAUCACGAGGUCUCGCAGCCUCCACGCAAUGUGUCGCAUCCCAGUCUUCUGCUGGAUCUUCUCCACAGUCCUGGACCAUGUGAUGAAAACCAGGGCAAUAGGCGAACUGCCACAGACCCUCACCGAAAUGUACAUUCACUUCCUAGUGGUUCAGGCCAAGAUAAAGAGCCUAAAGUAUGAUGGCCGCUCUGAGACAGAUCCUCUCUGGACUAAAGAAACCAGGGAGAUGGUAUGGGCUCUGGGUAACCUGGCCUUUGAGCAGCUGCAGAAAGGAAACCUGAUCUUCUAUGAAUCAGACCUGGUGGAGUGUGAACUAGACGUUGCAACGGCUUCAAUGUCCUCUGGAGUGUUCACACAGGUCUUUAGAGAGGAGUCAGGCCUGUACCAGGACACUGUCUACAGCUUCAUCCAUCUGAGUGUGCAGGAGUUUCUGGCUGCUCUUUACAUCCACCAGGCCUUCUUCAGUUAUAAAGUCAACCUAUUGUCCACUGAACAAUUCUCUGAGAGUCUUGAGUCUGAGGUAGCAUUCUACUGCUCUGCGGUGGACCUGACCUUACAGAGUCCAAACGGACACCUGGACCUGUUCCUACGCUUCCUCUUGGGUCUGUCUCUACCAACCAAUCAGAACCUUCUGCCUGGUCUGCUGACUCAGAGAAGUAGAUUUCAGACUAAUAUGAAUGUAGCAAAGUACAUAAAAAAGAAGCUUGAUGAGGAUCUGCCUGCAGAGAGAAGGAUGAAUCUGUUACAGUGUCUUAUUGAACUUAAUGACAGGAGUUUGGUGAAUGACAUACAAUGUUCCACAAGAAAAGGACACUCUAGACACUGGUCUUCUGCGGAGUGGUCUGGACUGGCCUUCCUUUUACUGUCCUCAAACUCAGACUUGGAGGAGUUUGACCUGAGGAAAUAUUAUCCAUCAGAGACAGCUCUCAUGGGCCUGUUACCAGUCAUCAAAUCAUCCACCAAAGCCUUUUUGUGCAAUAGUAACCUCUCACCGCACAGUUGCGGUCCUCUGGCCAGAGUCCUCACGUCCACCAGUCUGACACACCUGGAUCUCAGUAACAAUGACCUCAAGGACUCAGGAGUAGAGCAGCUGUGUUCUGGGCUGAAGAACACUCCCUGCAGCCUGCAGAAACUCAGGCUGUCAGGAUGUCUGGUGUCAGAGAGAGGCGGGGCUGCUCUGGCCUCAGCUCUGAGCUCCUCCAACGCUCAACUGAGAGAGUUAGACCUGAGCUACAACCAUCCAGGGCCCUCAGCAGAGCUCCUGACUGCUCUACGGGAUGACCCCCUCUGCCCCCUGGAGUCUAUCAGAUUAAAUCCUGCUGGAGAUCAAUGGAUGGUCCCAGGUCUUCAUAAGUACUUCCCUGACUUCUAUCUUGCACUGGACUCCAACACUGCCAAUCAAAACCUUAAACUGUUAGACCCAAAGAAUGUAAAACAUGUGGAGAGAGAGGAACCAUAUUCUGAGCAUCGGGACAGAUUUGACUCCUGUCCUCAGGUCCUGUGCUCCUCUGGUCUGACUGGCAGCUGUUACUGGGAAGUACAGUGGAAUGGUAAAAUGGUUUACAUAGCCGCAUGUUACAAAAUCAUCAGUAGAAAAGAAGACCAAGGGGACUGUUUUUUUGGAGAGAACGAGUGGUCCUGGAACAUGCGGAUCAGUGAUGGACGCUACUCUUUCCGUCACAAUGGCCUCAAAAGUGGAGCAGAGUUUCACUGCCAUCACACCUCCGCCAAGUCAUCCAGUCAAGAGGCUGAGUACUCAGGUCGGGUGGGCGUGUUCUUGGACUAUGUGGGUGGAUUUCUCUCCUUCUAUGAAGUCUUUUCUAAUGGAGACAGGUUCCACCUCCACACCUUCAGCUCCACCUUCACUGAGCCACUGUUCCCUGGGUUUGGGCUGUGGUCUGGAUCCUCAGUGUCUCUGGUGAAGUAACAUGCACGAGAUACUAUUCUUCCAUUACAUUUUCAUUUCA